GUCCACCGCGUCCGCAGGUCAACCGCGCCUCGGACCAACGGGUCCUAUCCCCUAAUUACGGAGCGAAAGCCACUUAUCUAAAUUGCUGAACCGCUCGCGAAUGAAAUCUUCGUGGACACAUGCAUAUCAAGACAAUAACCAUUCAAGGCUUCAAGUCCUAUCGCGACAUAACGAACAUUGAACCUUUCUCUCCAGGCCACAAUGUCGUUGUUGGCAGGAACGGCUCUGGGAAGAGUAACUUCUUUGCUGCCAUCCGUUUUGUUCUUUCAGACGCGUACACGUCUCUGUCAGCGGAAGAGCGACGCGCUUUGUUGCACGAAGGCGUUUCGACUACGGCCACGUUCUCUGCCUACGUUGAAAUCAUAUUCGAUAACUCGGACCACCGAUUUCACACGGGACACGAUGAAGUCGUCCUUCGACGUACGAUUGGAGUGAAGAAGGACGAGUAUUCUUUGGACAAGAAGAGUUCAAGCAAAGCGGAGGUCAUGGAACUGCUCCAGACGGCUGGAUUCAGCAAAGCGAACCCCUACUACAUUGUUCCACAGGGCCGGAUCACAGCUCUAACGAAUGCCAAAGACACGGAACGACUCGCACUCUUGAAGGAAGUCGCAGGCACGAAAGUCUAUGAACAACGGCGCACUGAAUCGCUCCGUAUUAUGGCAGAAACGGAGGCCAAACGCGGAAAGAUCAACGAGCUCAUUGAGUACAUCGAAUCCCGCCUGACGGAGCUCGAAGAAGAGAAGGAAGAGCUCAAAGAGUUUCAAGAGAAGGACAAGGAACGUCGUUGCCUCGAGUACGCUCUCUAUCAGCGUGAAUUGGACGAAGUCGGCGAAGCUUUGGAGGAGAUCGAAGAAGACCGACGUGCUGAGGUACAUGGCGCAAAUCAGAGACGCGAGAAGUACAAUGAGCGAGAGAAGGAGGUCCAGGAACUGGAGAGAAUUAUCUCGGAAACCAAGCACUCGCUGGAGACAGCAGGUUCAACGCGUCAAGACGCGCAGUCGGAGCUGACAGACUUCAUCCGUUCUCGCACAGAACUCGAAUGCAUCGUAAAUGAUCUUCGCAACGCGGGGGUUCGAGCUGGAGGCAGAAGAGAGCAGAACGAAGCAGAGCUGGUCCAGAUUGAGACCCAGAUCGAAGCGCGUGAAGGAUCUCUGGCCGAAAUCUUGCCCGAUUGGGAAUCUGUGCGUGCGGAGGAGUCAACUGAGCGCAGGGCGCUUGACGAGGCCAAUGGAAGAAUCGGGGCGCUUUCUGCCAAGCGAGGUCGAGGUGCCAAGUUCCGAACCAAGGCCGAACGCGACGCGUUUCUAAGGCAGGAGAUCACAUCGAUGGGCGAGUACAAGGAAUCGCAAACCGAUGCUCUGCGGACGACCAAAACUGGCUUACAAGAAGCGCAACGCAGCCUCGGAGAGCUGGACGGCCAGAUCUCUAACGUGCAGGGGAAGAUCGAGGAUGGCCGGCGGCGGACGAAAGAGCUCGUCGAUGAGAUUACCAGUCUCAAAGAGCAGGAGAGUGAGCUCGUGGAAAAGCGGAAGGACCUCUGGCGGGAGGAUGCAAAGAUCGACAGUCAGGUGUCUCGCGCUGCUACCGAGCUCAAGACCGCGGAGCGAGCUUUGGCGGGAAUGAUGGACAAAGACACCGGUCUAGGGCUGAGUUCUGUGGACAAAAUAGCAGAGCGCUUCAAUCUGGGUGGCGUGUAUGGUCCAUUGUACCGUCUUUUCGAGAUCACCGACCACAAGUUCAACAUUGCAGUCGAAUUGACGGCAGGCAACAGUCUGUUCCAUGUUGUAGUAGACAACGACGAGACGGCAUCGAAGGUCCUCGAUGUUAUGCUCAAGGAAAAGACGGGCCGGGUCACGUUCAUGCCGCUGAACCGGCUCAAGCCGACGUAUGCCCAGAUGCCCACCGGUCAAGAUGCGAUUCCGAUUCUGGAGAAACUUGACUACGAUCCCACGCACGACAAAGCAUUCCAGCAAGUGUUUGGCAAGACCUGCGUCUGCCGGGACCUCACGAUCGCUGCUGCCUACGUCAAAAGCCAUGGGGUCAAUACGAUCACCUUGGACGGCGACAAGGUUGAUCGGAAGGGAGCUCUGACGGGUGGAUUCCACGACGUGAAGCGGUCCAGGAUUGAUGGCAUCAAGGCUGUCACGAGUUGGCGCUCAAAGUGGGAGGCGGAGGAGGCCAGGUCACGCGAGGUCAAAGCGAGCAUUUUACAAGUGGAGCAGCAGAUCACGGCUGUGGCGGGAAAGAUCCAGGUCAGCAACCAGAAAAUCAACCAAAUUCGGGAUUCGAAGGAUCGCCUGAUGGAUGAAGGGACCGCCUUGACGAAGGAGAAGGAAAAGGUCAAGGAGCGCAUCGCCAAGCUGGAGCGCGACCAGGAGGAGCUCGAAACUGAAUUGAGCGGUCUAGAUGCGAAGAUCGCUGGCUAUCAGCAAGAGCUUCAGAGUCCGCUUACCAAAGGCCUCACUGACGAGGAAGAGGACGAGAUGGUUCGGCUGACUGAAGAGGCGGAACGUCGGACAAAGGAAUUGGUUGAACUCGGGAGGAGCAAGAACAAAUUGCAAGGCAGGAAGAGCGCAAUCGAGAUCGAGCUCAACGAAAAGCUUUACCGGCGGCGCGAUGAACUUAAAAACAAGCUCGUCGAGCUGAAUGAGGGCGAGGAUGUGUCUUCGGCAGACGACUUGGAGAGCCGUUCGCGCGAGUUACGCUCAUUGGGUAAAACGAUUACAACGCUCAGUGCGAAAGUGGAAGCGAUGGAGCAGGAGAUCGACGAGUUCCAGGCCGAGCUUCAGCGACUUCGAUCAGCGCUGGAGAAAGUGCAAGGGCAGCAAGCAGAAGAUAGCCGCAAUAUGUCGCGACAACAAAAGACUACGGAGCGAUACCUUGCAAAGCGGCAGAUGCUGACAAGCCGCAAGGACGAGUGCAAUCGCAACAUCCGGGAUCUUGGAGUUCUCCCAGAAGAGGCCUUUGACAAAUACACCAAGGAGAAGCUCGAUCGCUUGGUCAAGAAGCUGCAUGUGGUCAACGAGGGCCUGAAAAAGUUUGCACAUGUGAACAAGAAGGCAUUCGAGCAAUACAACAACUUCACGAAGCAGCGGGAUCAACUAUUGUCGCGCCGGGAAGAUCUCGACAAGUCGGCGACCUCUAUCGAAGAGCUCGUUGAAGUUUUGGAUCAGCGCAAGGACGAAGCAAUCGAGCGCACUUUCAAGCAGGUCGCGAGCAACUUUGAGGAGGUGUUUGAGAAAUUGGUGCCUGCUGGCCGCGGGCGACUUAUCAUCCAACGGCGCAUCGACCAGGACGAGGACGAGAACAUGGACGACACCCAGCAGACUUCUAUCGACAACUACACCGGGAUCUCCAUCAAGGUCUCGUUCAACUCGAAGGUCGACGAAGGUCUGCGCAUCCAGCAAUUGUCAGGCGGUCAGAAGUCGUUGGUCGCGCUCGCGACGGUGUUUGCGAUCCAGAAGAGCGACCCGGCGCCUUUCUAUCUGUUUGACGAAAUCGACGCCAAUCUCGAUGCGCAAUACCGCACGGCCGUUGCCUCCAUGAUACAUUCUCUCGCGGCGAAUGCCCAGUUCAUCACCACGACGUUCCGACCCGAGAUGCUGGUCACUGCGGACAAGUUUUACGGCGUGUUGUUCAACAACCAGAAGGUGUCGUCCAUUCGCACUAUCAAGCGGGAAGAGGCGAUGGAGUUUGUCGACCAAGAGGCGCAGGCUGUCUAAGAUGUUUUCAAGGGUGUAUUUCUUCGUGAUGUUUCCGUGCUUUGAUGUAUUUGUGCUCUUGACGACAAUUGUCUAAUCAGAACUUGCUAUUGACACAUGAGCAAGUCUUUGGUACAUAUGUAAUAUUUGUACAGUGUCCGUAAGUAUCGUAAACAACAGUGAGAACAAACAAACAAGAGGUCGUUAGUAUUCGAAUAGAUCAGAGGACGGCAUUCAGCACUUGAGCACGUCCGUGGAUAUCAGUGGGCGCGUUUAUCUGCAGUCUUGUAGCCGGAAAUACACAGAAAAGAGAGGAAACCCCUCACAAUUGUUGUUGGUCCGGAUUUGCCACAAAAAGACUGGGCCUUGCAGCAAAUCCGUAGUUGACUCCGUGUGCAGUUCGUUUCGGAGUUGCUGGUGGCACGUCCUGUGACAUGCGCCGCUCGUAGGCUUUGACCCGGUCGGCAACGGACGUGCCCGAUGAUCCCGAAGACGAUGCGUUGGACAACGGCGGACGCGGUUGUGGGCCAGGCGGUGAAGGUGGAAGGUUGAAGGACGAUGCAGGCACCAUUUCGACGGGCGAAGUCAUGAUGACCUCAUCCUCUCCGCCUGUCCAGCUGUCGGCGUCGGUUGCCCCUCUUGUACUUGUGCUGCCGCUUUGCCUCGAGCCGCGCAUCACUAUAUUCAUUCCGCCGAUGCGUUCCAGCGCAGCUGAAUCGGCCGUCUGCUGGGUCUGGAUCGAGGACAUCGACUUGCCGUGCUGCCCGGGUCGGCGGUAAGGCCCCGGUCCUGCUUGACUCGUGUUGGAUCCAUCGGACCGCUCGCGCAGCACACUGGCUGUUUCCUCCUCCACAAAUCCAAGCCGUUGAGGUAAUGGAUUCGGGUCGCGGAAAUCCAUCGCAGGCGCCGCCGAUGUCUGACUCGUUCGGCGAUCAAGCAAGCUCUUGCUUGAGAACCGAGCCCACCAAGUGUCGCUCCGCCGCAUCGGCUGGUCGGGUUUGGGGGGGAGCAUAUCCAGGAUGCUUGACGUCCGAGGUCUGGACGCGCUGCUGCCAAUAGACAAAGGCGGCGUCGAAUGCGAUGUGGACGAGAACGAUCGUGAAAGUGAGUCAGGAGGGGCGUGCUGGUCGCUCGAAGAACCUGACACGGAUGCCGAUGCAGCGGACGAAGACAGUUCUGUGACAGGACUGAGAAUGCCUCUGGGGACGAGCCGGAUUGCUUCUGUCCCUUGUUCAUCUUCAAAAGGGUCCGAGUAAGUGCUGUGGUAGCUCAUCUGCCGUUGAACAGAGGUACGAGCGGCGACGUCCUCCAAUGGUUGGUCACGGAAAGGAUCUUUCUCCGACGGCCCUUGCAUCAACGAGGCGUUGCGACUCAAGAGACGGCUCCCGUAGGUCAUGGUGCUGGCCGCGCUAUUCUCUCGCCGAGCCUUGGGGCGGAAGACGUUCGCAAGACUCCAGCUACUUCCGCCGCUGGCUUCUCGCUGUCGCCGGCUAGAUCGUUCGUCUCGCUCAUCGAACCAGCCAAAACCUCCGAAGUCACGUGUAUCUUCAUCAGCGAGCAUGUCUCGGCGCUGUUGUUUGUCCUUCAGAGCAGCGACCGCGCCCGUGCCAACAACGCCGCCCGCUCCGACCAUGUCUGCUACUCGCAAACCCCAAGACUGCAUUGUUCCGAUGACGCCGUCGCCAGCCCGAUGGGAAUCGAACAUCAACGCUGGGGGAGGAGCACCGGCCUCGUCAUCGUUCAAAGGUGAGAAAACACCCCCUUCGUUCCAGCGCUUGGUCCGUUCUCGGCGAAGAUACCAGACGGUGCAAGCCGCUGCCACAACAAGCGCGAGCACACCGAGCACGGCACCAAUAGCGAUCCUGGUCGUGCUUUUGGUUGACCCACUGCCGGGACCAUCUGGCUUCCGUCCGUCGGUUCCGCCGCCGUUGGUGCCUCCGCCAUUCGAUCCGCCACCGUUGCCGCUAUUCCCACCGUUGCCACCAUUCCCGGUCGUUAGCGUCGAGGAUGGGUGGACGGAGCUUGUCACACUGCCUGUCACACCGCUGCCCUUGGUUCCGGUUCCAGUCGGGGCAUCUGUGACAGUGGAUGUCCCAAAGGGGAUCGUGGCCGAGACAGUGGCAGUAGGGGGAGGGGCAGUGUAGCUUGGCUGGAAGGUCUGCGAUGAAAAAUCGAACACAGACAGUGCGGCAUCGGCGGGUCCAUUUUGGGCAUAGCCUGCAAGGGGGGCUCAGAACCUUCAGUGAUCUCGGUCAAGAGAUGACUAACCAAAUCCGAAAAUGACUUGAUUGUUGUACGCGACUGCAAAAUGAUCACGUCGCGGCCCGAGCGAGUCCAGCGCAGGCACGCUAGUCCAAGAUUGGGUUGUGAUGUUGAAGAUCCAGCCAUCACUAUACGUCGUUUGAUAGACAGCAUCACAGCCACCAUGAAUGACGAUGCUGUCCCCGUCCAGCACGUAAGCGAAACCACGUCUUCCGCUGGGAACCGCCGCCGCAGUGCCUAUCGUCUGAGACGACCAGCUAUUGGUGUCCGUGUCAAAUGUGUAGAACACGUUCAUCGGAAGAAGCCCAUUGGGACCCAAGCCCCCGAAAACGAGCACCUGGCCAUUGGCCAGAAUCACCGCAGCAUGCCCAGUCAACGCCGGCGGGGCCGAGUCCGUGGGGAGCGGAGAAAAGGUCGAAGUCGCCGGAUCGAAUACAUAGUUGUCCGGAAACGCGAUCCUGGAAUCGUCGCCCUUCUCGCCUCCGAAAAUGUAGACCUCUCCGCUUGGACUACUGACAGCGGCGUGAUGGAUGCGUCGCAUGGGUUCAGCGCCCCAGCCCACCGUCUCAUUCGUGAAUGACGGUGCACUGCGAUUCAGCACGUCCAGAAGCACAGCCGAGUCAUUGAGAGUGUCGAUUGGGACGACGGGGGUAGGCAGCCCACCGAAGAGCAGCAGUUGAUUCUGACCAAAGGCGGAGAGUGUGUGCCAAGCGACGGAAGGGCGGAGAAUCGACUGAGAAGUCUGCCGAAAGAGGGAGAAAGAGGAGAUCGCUCUGCGCUGAAGCGGAGGUGUAUCCUUGGGAGUUGAAGGGAUCUUGUUUCCCGCCUUGUAUGAAAAGAGAGCUCAGAACAAGUGAGGCUGCUUGUCCCCAUCUAUGGAAGAGUGAGAAACUUGGCUCCGAGAUGCACCAUGCAUCAUCUUUUUUCGAUCAACGCACCUGGCUGCUGGGGUAUACCCGUGCACCGUUGAGAAUAGGAGGAACAAUAACAGGAAAGUCGGUAUCAUCGAGAAUCGUUAGUCGUUUGUGUAGGGAUUUGUUGAGGGCUAUUUCAUGAAGAGGUCGUGACGUCGUGAGUGUUAUAAGAUGGAGAAGACAGAGAUCCAAUUCCUAACGCGGCGGUGCUAUUAGGCUCACGUGUUAGUGGAGUCCGU